CCCUUCGGCCUUUAUUGUGAAAGGUCCAAACGGAAAACCAUGUGCACAUUAAGGUGAGCUUGACGCAUGCGCAAAGCUCCUUCAACCUGCAGCAGCAGAGCAGCGGCUGGACCACAACGAUCCGACAGAAACCUCCAUCCUGUCCCCGGAAACCCGCAGGAGUACCUGUGUUCUCUCAGGAUGCAGAAGUCCAGGAGCCAGUACGAGUCCUUCCUGUUCUGGAGGCAGCCAAUCGCUGAGCUCGACCUGACCCAGCUGGAGGGCCUGAUGGACGGGCCGCCGGCCAAUAGCAUCAAAGGAAAGGACACGCUGUCCUCAGCAAGGAGUGAGGAGGGUGAGAUGACUGAGUUUUCCUCUUGUAAUUAUUGGAGAGCUCCGAUCGUGGACGUGGACGCUCUGAUGGCCGACCUCAACCUGCUGCUCUGAAACGCACCAUCUCCUGACCCCUGACCCCAGAUCAGCCUCACGUCCCCUGACCUCUGACAUGAAGUCACCAAAAUAAGAGCGUGGUUUUCACAGUAAAAGCGAGCGGACCGAGGUCUGCAGAGACUGAUCCGAGUUCUACAAAUACGUCUCAGACCUGAGCCCUGAUCUUAGAUCUGAUCCCAGACCUGAUCUCUGCCUUGAUCUCAGACCUGAAUUCAGACCUGAUCUCAGACCUGAAUUCAGACCUGAAUCCAGACUGUGUUCACUCUGGUGAGUCCAGAUUCUAGGUGGACAAAAUAAUAGAAACCCUUUUGAUCAAACCCUUUUUCGUGUCACAUUUACAGGUGAUGUGUUCAAGUCCCCUGAGAUCAGAGUUUUUAUGGGUUUCCAUUGGUGCCUUUUUGUUUCUUUGACCCUGAGCUGCUUCCUUAUUUAUCACUUUAUUUAUUUAUGCAUUUCUCAUGUUGUUUUCUCAGCGGGCCUCAGACUGGAUCCAGAAGAGAACCUGCAGCUCAUCUUGUCAGAAUGUAAAACCUGCCCACAAUAAACCGUCAUGUCCAUGAUCUACUUUAUUUAUUAAAUAGGAACCACAAGUACAAACUUGUUUUUUCACUUGUAAACCUUCUGAGAAAAUAAAAAGAUGAACAAAGUUG